GUUUUUAUUUGCAUAUAACAAAUAAAUGAAGCGAACAAAGAGAAUUCAAACAAUAACAAUGACAAAGAGAUCAAAGGAUUAUCGCGCAAACACCACUAUUCAAUAACUGCCUGCUGCAAAGACCUUUGCGUUCUUUUGACCAUUUCAUUUGAGCAAUAAGUUUAUAUACAUCAGCUGCAGCAAUUUCAUCAGCGAAAAACAAGUUUUAUGAGUACGUUUGACAGACAGUACUGCAAGUUUGAUAGUCAAUAAUAUGACAUUAGACAAAACUGAACAUGCUUGAUUGCUGUAGUUAGCGUACAUAGCACUCUUCAAUAGUAAUUCAUAUUGUUUGAUAUCAUCAAAUUAAAGUUGAAACGAAAGCUUCUACUAUGUUUAGAAAGAUGAGUAAAAAGACUAGUAGAUCAAAGUUAAUGAAUAAAGACCAGGACGAGCACGAUAAGCCAGGAAAUCUGGAUCCCACUUCGAUGUUACCAGACAUAACAUUAUUGAUCAAUGAACGGGAUUAUUUACAAGAAGAGGUCAGGUCUCUAAGAGAAAAUCUGGACAAUGAACACGUGCGAUAUACGGAAUUAAAGACAUUGAAAUACCAACAAGUGUGUGCGUUAACUUUCAAGCUAGCUAAGGCAAUACGCGACAAAGAAAGGGCUYUAGAAGAGAAAGAUGAGAUAAACGAGAAGAUCCCAUCCUUGCAGAACAGAAUCGAGGAAUUACAAGUACAUAAUGAAACGCUACAAGAGAAAUUGAUUGCAUUAGAAAGAGAAGAUUCAACGAGAUCUGAAGAUCAAUCGUCCAAUGWACCGCCUUUGCCAUACGCCAAAAUGUCUUGCUUUGCAGUAACAGGGGUCCUGAAGAAUGACAGCAACAACACGAUACCCGAUGAGGAAAACCCACAACCUGAUGAUAGAGAAACCGAGCAGAAAGACUWUGAAACAAAUGAGCAUCCUGGAGAAAACGAUGYUGUAGAAAAUGGUCAAAAAGAAGAUUUUGUUGAAGAAUUUCGCAAAAUCCAGCAAGAGUUGUCUGAUGUCAAGAAAAAUAUGUCAGUAGUCCAGGCACUGAAUGAAAGACUUUCAAAUGACUUGGAGCGUUUAUACGACCUCAAGAAAACCGGCGCCAUUUCUAGAUUCGACUCAGCCGAUCGGGKUCCCUGUGCCACUGAUUGCACAGACGGUGGUAAGCCGGAAGUUCAGGUGUGUAUCGAGAAGACUGAAAAGCAUGAAUCUCAAUCAGACGAGUCUAAUGAUGGAGAGUCUAUUGAUGAUACGGAAUUGACAAACAACACCACGUGUUGUGAGCACCAUGACACUAGCCUGGACGAAGAAGUAGAUUUCAAGAAACAACUUGAAAAAGCCAUGAAGGAAUUAGAAGACAUACGAGCUGACAAUCAAGAGAUAAAACAACAAAUGAAUAAAAUGGCAAUGUCUUCUAUCGACCAUCAAGAUUUCUUGCGUAAAACAACUGACUUCACAGGAAAAAUGUUACAAGAAAUGAAAGAACGAGAAGAAAAGAGUCGCAAGAGGUCGGCCGACUCUCAGCCUCCACUGAAUCUUCUGGGAAAUCGGCUGGAUGAGAUCAUGAAAGCKGUGAAUGACAUGACUCAUGAGACUGAUCCAACUCCUAUYAUACUACCUCCCAGGCCUCAAUCUGCAUGCUUGUUAGCCACCCAAUCACAUUUCACUCCUAUAACGCAAGAACCACAAACGUAUGAAAGUUCUACAUCACAUCAGAAACCCAUCAACAAAAUCCAUGGGAAACUCAGUGAUGCARCGUUAUACGAGCGUAAAAGSCUUACCUCGGGAUUAGCUGGUUUACAAAAGACACUUUUACAAAGAGAGUGGAAAUCUACCGAAGCGCUGCCUCAAAAUCCUGGAACGAAGUUCAGUGGGUCCCUUGGAUACAGAGACUACAUACAGAGACAUAUUGUUACAUCAUCAAGCGCYAUUGCCAAAAUACGUGAUCUUACUCCCGAAGAAUUAGCCAAUCAGGGACARAUUACUUACUGACUGAAASCUAUGUGAAAAUCUAACCAAUCAGUUA